GUUGAAACGGUCGACAUCCAAGGCGGACCGCAUGACGCAAUGGAUGGAAAGCCACGCCGGGGCCCAGGCGGAACUGGCCAAAGUCCGUGCAGAAGGGGACUGGGUGAUGAUCAAAAUCGAGAUGGAGAAGAAGGAACUGGACGCGACCCUUCAGGAGAUCCAAAUGGCGAAGGCCCAAAUUGCAGCGAUCCAUACCAUCAAGCUGCAUGAGUGCCCCACCGCCUCCACUUCCAUGGGUUGUGUUAGGGACUUGGUCAAGCACGUCAAGGCAUUGCAAACCCACGAAGAGCGCCAAAAGGGGCACUUGAGUGAAGAUUUGAGCAAAUUGACCUUGUUGAAGCAGGCUAUAGACGAAGCAAGACGGGAGCGCAAGGACGCGCUGACCAUUCAAGCCGACGAAAACCAACGAGCCACGCACAUGGCGGCGACGGUGGAGGCGACUCACGCAGAAAUCGCCGCCAUCAAACAACGCGACGCCGCGCUGGCCGACCAGAUCCGCCAGCUGCAAGUCGACAUCAACGACGACCAAGCCACGUACCUCGCGGCCAAGAAACAGCUGAUGGACCAACUGCACGAGUGCCACAAGCAACAAGGCCAUUCGCAGUCGAGUGAUCGGGCCCGUCAAUCAGGAGGAGGGGCGGCUAGCCCCACGCACGUGUACAAGAAGAAGAGCAACCUCUCGUGGCUUCGGGCACGAAACAAGGUGUGCUUGGUGAAACGCACGGAAAGUUUGGAGCAGAAAAAGCAUCUGCUCGACACGUUAUUGCACACGUCCAAGUUGCCCCAUGUGCAUGUGUUUUGGGAAAAGUACCACGUCCAAGAAGCCGACAAGGCCGCGUUGUGUGUCGAUAUUGAACGCCAGGCCAGUGAAAAUGCGGCCAUGAAAGUCAAGAUACAACAACUCGAAGCAGAGAAGAUCAAACUACAAGGCCACGACUUGCCUACGAUGGAAGGGUUGAAUCCGUAUUGCCAAGAUAUCCGCAACGAAGCGAAAAAGAGCCGCGAACACACGGAGAAAUUGGUCGCAGAAGCCAAGCAACUCGACAAUUUGGCCAAGUCAUUAUUUGACCCCUUAGAGCACUUGUUUGCACUGGUCACGAGCCCCAACCAACCAAAUGCGCCUCGUGAUAACACCGUGACUGGCAAAACGCAUUUGGAACGGCUGGCGGUGAUCGAAGAGCAAGUGACACAAAAGGUGCUGUCCAAAAUCGCCCACGAAUGCGCGACCCACAACGGCAACUGGCAGCAGUCGGCAUCGCUCAUCCGCCUGCUCCAGUCGCGGGGGGUGCUUCGGCCGCGACUGGUCAAGUUCCCCCCGCUGCUUCCGACCUCCGUCGGUGUGCCAGGCACCUCGAUGGACAAGGGGGGGAAUACAGACGGCGACGACGACGACGCCAACGAUGAUGAAAACGACCCUCGGGACGACAACAACCCGACUAUCUUCAAGGGGGACGACCCCCACCUCGUUGCUCUCCACUCAAAGGAACUUCUUCGCGAACUCCGCGAACGCCACGCCGCCCAUAUCCAAGCAGCAACGACCCUCGAGACCAACCGCAAGUCGCUGCUGGCCAAGUCCAAAUCUCGGCGGCGAAUCAGCGUCCGACAGCCCAGUGACGACAAUAAUACCACCACGCCUCCUGCAGUAAACACCACCAGUCCACGCAAAACGUCUAGGCGGCCGUCGGUCGUAGCGGAAACGGAACUCGCGAGUUCGUCCAUGAUGAUCGUGGCACCGCCACCGCCCAAUGAAAGCAACCCCACCGCCCAAUGA